CUAUAUUAUAUUAACAUGUCUUCCAUCUUCUCCAAACUUCUCUCCAUCACUACCAUCUCUUACUGAGUAUCGUUCAAACUUCAAUGAAACCAGUCAGCAUGGAAGAGCUGCCAUUGAAGAGACCCAAGCUUCAGCAAAUGCUCCAGAGUGUUGUUCAGAACUUCGGGUGGACUUACAGCCUCUUCUGGAAGCUCUGCCCGCAGCAAGGGUUGUUGGUGUGGGGGGAUGGGCACUACAACGGUUCGAUAAAGACGAGGAAGACAGUGCAGACGACGGCGGUGAGCCAAGAUCAGAUGUCGCAGAGUGAGAGGAGUGAACAGUUGAAGGAGCUGUAUCAGUUCCUCGCUGCCGAUGGAGAUGGUGGCGAGCGCCGCCGUCCAGGCCUUGCUCUUUCGCCUGAGGAUUUAACUGAGUGCGAAUGGUUCUAUCUCAUGUGCAUUUCCUUUUCCUUUGCUCCUGGUUGUGGGCUUCCAGGGAAGGCAUUCGAAACCCAAAAUAGCAUUUGGCUUACAAGAGCAAAUGAUACUAACAGCAAAGUGUUCUCAAGAACUAUUCUUGCCAAGAGCGCAGGCAUUCAGACAGUUGUGUGCAUACCGUUAACUAAUGGCGUUCUUGAGCUUGGAACAGAAGAAAUGGUCGAAGAAGACGCAACACUCACACAGCAAGCAAGGAAUAUAUUUGCUGAUAUUCACAUCAACUCACCUGCACCAGCUCGCUCAGAGCAAUCUACAUCGAGCCCUGCAUUGGAAUGUGAAAACUUGCCCAUGGCUUAUGGCAUGGAUGAUCUCUGCCAACUAUGUGAAGAAGUGGAUAAUAAAAAAGAAGAUAGCAAUAAUGAUAAGAAUCCUGACUGUGAAAUUACGAAGGCAUAUUCAGAAUCGGAGCUUGAAAUUGGAAGAAUGAUUGUUACAAACAUGUCCAUGACUGAUCAGUCUGAGAGCAUCAAGUUUGGUUUUGCUGACAAUGGCAUUAUUGACUCGGAGAGGUCUCAGCUAAAGAAUCCGGAAGUAGCUCAUAAAUACAGCAGUGUUCAUUCUCUUGAACAAGAUGAUAAAGAGUCAUAUUUAGCUUGGUACCUUUUGCAAGAUGGUUCAUGUAAUGACCUUCAACAUUCACCAGAUAGCAUGCCGGUUACUGAGUUACCUCCACAAGAUGUUCAUUACUCACAAACCGUUGCUACCAUACUGCACGAUAAUAUUAGCGAUUUCUCAGAGGGGAGCUUUAUCAGCCAACUUAGCCUCUCAGAUACCUCAUCAUUCUCCAAGUGGUUUUGUGAAAAUCAAAUCUUUUCAAAGACCGGAGCCUCCCAGUGGAAACUGAAAUACAUCCUCUUCAUCCUUCCUACUAUACACAAUAAAAAAUAUCUAAAUUCUGUUCACUUGAAAGGUAAAGAGAGUGGAGGCUGGAAGGGAAUACUUCAGGAUGAAACAAAUGGAAAUCAUGUCCUUGCAGAACGAAGAAGAAGAGAGAAGUUGAACAAAAGGUUCAUGAUUCUUCGUGCAUUGGUUCCUUGUGUGACAAAGAUGGAUAAGGCUUCAAUCUUAGCAGAUACAAUCGAAUAUGUCAGACACCUAACACUACGUAUACACGAACUUGAAUUACAAAACCAGAAAAUAUCAAACUUGUUGGGUUCAAAAGUAUCAGAUUCCCACAAUCAAAUAACGUCGCAAAGCGAGAGAUUGGAGACAAACUGUAGCACACUUUCAGCAAGUAUCACUCAGGGUAAACAGGAACUAGCACAUUUGCCAGAGGCAAAGAAGCGCAGAACAAUACAAAUUACAAAUAACAUUGAGGAAGCAACAAAAGCAAUGGAUGAUACCACCAUUAGCAUUCAAGCUUCCAUAAUUGAGUCCAUUGCCGUAUUAGAAUUGCAGUGCCCUUACAAGAAUGGAAUACUUCUCAAGAUUAUGCAGAAACUCGACGAGCUCAACUUGGAGAUCACUUCUAUCAACUCUGCAAUGGUUAAUGGCAAUUUCAUUGCAGAAUUUAAAGCAAAGAUCAAAGGACCCUAUGGAAGGAGAGCCAACGUUGAAGAAAUAAAAAGGACAAUUCAUGAACUCUUAUCCCAUUAAUAGUUCUAAGAAAUGUAUACGGGACUUGAUAGAAGAGGAUCUUUAGAAGCUUCUUACUACUAACUUCCUUCAGUAUAGAUGCUCGUCUCAAACGUUUAUGAUAAAGGAAAUUUUUGCUGCCUUUGUUGAGCC